CCUUAUUAUUUGCACGCUUUUUUACCCCAUCUCAUAAUUUUAUACAACAAUUCAUUUCUAUCUCAACGACAUUUCUUGCCCUCAAUAAUAAUCGAUUACUUUUCUUCUCACCCAUUCUUUCCCGACCAUAACCCAGAUUCUGCAUUUCAUUAACUUUUUUCGUAACAGUUAACCUUUUUGCAUCAAAUUUAGAAUUGCACUGAUUUCAUGUCUCGUUGACUGAGCUUUCAAUAUAUCUGUCAGGGUUGGAGGGAGGAGAAGAAAAAUGGUAAAAUCAACAUAUGAAAGAUUUUCAAAGGAUUUUGUAAUGGGAGGAGUAGCGGCCAUCAUAUCAAGGACUGCUGCGGCGCCAAUUGAGAGAGUGAAGCUUUUAUUGCAAAACCAAGGCGAAAUGAUUAAAAGAGGACAACUCAAAAAACCAUACUUGGGUGUGUCUGAUGGCUUUAAGAGGGUCUUCAUGGAAGAGGGUUUGAUUGCCUUUUGGAGAGGUCACCAGGCCAAUGUUAUCCGAUAUUUCCCCACACAGGCUUUCAAUUUUGCAUUCAAAGGUUACUUCAAAAGCAUUUUUGGGUAUUCCCAAGAGAGAGACGGGUACAUUAAGUGGUUUGCUGGGAAUGUGGCUUCAGGCAGUGCUGCAGGAGCGACUACUUCACUGCUUCUGUACCAUUUAGAUUAUGCACGUACACGAUUGGGCACUGAUGCAAUAGAGUGCCGUGUUAACGGUCAACGCCAGUUUAAAGGACUAAUUGAUGUAUACCAGAAGACCUUAUCAAGUGAUGGAAUUACUGGAUUAUACAGGGGAUUUGGGAUUUCAAUAUGGGGAAUCACCAUGUAUCGAGGGAUGUACUUUGGGAUCUACGACACCAUGAAGCCUAUUGUUUUAGUUGGGCCUUUUGAGGGGAAAUUUCUUGCUAGUUUCUUGUUAGGUUGGAGCAUCACAACAUUUUCAGGGGUUUGUGCAUACCCUUUUGACACAUUGCGCCGGCGAAUGAUGCUUACCUCUGGACAUCCAAACAAGUACUGUAACGCAAUACAUGCUUUUCGUGAGAUUGUUCGACAAGAGGGUUUCUUAGCUCUAUUUCGAGGAGUUACUGCAAAUAUGCUUCUUGGUGUGGCCGGAGCUGGGGUGCUUGCUGGAUAUGAUCAGCUGAACCGUAUCUCAACUAGCCAGAGUCACUAUCAUGAAACAAAUCAAAAAGUUUUUAAAUGAAUGGUAAGGGAGCAAUGCAUAACCUAAACAAGGCAUAUUCACCAUCUAGAAUGAAUAUUAUGCCUGUUCAUUUCCAAGGUUUGGUCUGAAGGAUCAUAACACAAUAAACAUACUUUUGGACAUGAUAGCGGAAGCUAUUUGUUCUAUAAACUUUAAAUCAAACUCUAGUUCAAUAAAUAAUCACAUUUAUCAUGUCCAAAAGUAUGGUGGUUUUUUAAAGGGAGAAUUGCAUUUUGGGACCUUAAAAGUCGUAGUUAUCAUAUAAAAUGAAUACUGUGGCUGUUAAUUUAAAAGUUCGGUCUCUAGGACCAUAACACAAUGAACAAACUUUUGGACACGAUGGCCAAAGGCAUGGUUCUAGGAACCAAACCAUAGUUCGAUUUUUGAACAUGGUAAACUUGAUUUUUAGGUCCUUAAAUUAAAUUCUUCCUUUACUUAGCGGUGAAUUUUAGAAUUGAUAUGCACUGCUGCCAUUUUGUAAAUUUAACUCUCCAUUUUUUCAAAUUUUUAGAUCGGUAUUGGGUUAGUUGAAACAUAGGGAAAGGCUGUUGGAAACGUUUCAAGACUGCAAAAGCAGUCAACCAACAUCAACCUGUCUGUCUCUAUGAGUGCUGUUUAUAUGAAGUUUACAAUGUAUAUUUUACGUAUUCAGCUUCAAUUAUUUUUAUUAACAUGAUUACGCAGA